AUGUCAAGCGUAUCUCUUGUUUUGCUUUUUACGUGUAAUGCGAUACUUAUUGGUCUGCCUUUAGCUGAAGGCACAUGCAGUUCGAAUUCUGAUUGUCCUGGCAAAUUUUUCAACAAUGUUUGCUGUGGCAGAAGCUGGUAUGGCGGAAGAAGAUGUGUUACCGAUUCCUGUGUCGGAGACUCUUGUUCGACAGAUGGGGAUUGUGGUGGAAAAGAUGAAUGCUGUAUUUCAAACAAAUGUACGAAGAACGGUUGUGUAGAAUGCCAGUCAAAUUCUGACUGUUCUUCCUCGGAGUACUGUUGUAAACAUCGAUAUCACAACGAUCACAACGUCUGCAGACGCAGUUGCGUUGGGGAAACAUGCCACUCAAGUUUAGACUGCGGCGGUCCGACGGAAUAUUGUGCCUCGAAUAAGAAAUGUCGGGAAUGGUGUACUUCGAAAUCUGACUGCCAUUCGUGGGAGUAUUGUGCCUCGAAUAAGAAAUGUCAGAAGGAACGGUGUACUUCGAAUUCUGACUGCAAUUCGUCGGAUUAUUGCUGUAAACGAGGUACUCUCACUAAUGUAUGUCGCAGAAGUUGCGUCGGGGAGACAUGCCUCUCCAGCUAUGACUGCGGAGGUUCGAGUGAAUUAUGUUCCUCGAAUAAAAUAUGUUACAAAUGCGUUACAGCUGGUUGCUCAGCAUGCACUUCGGAUUCUGACUGUGGUUCGCGGGAGUAUUGUUGUAAACGAGGUAUUCUCUCUAAUGGCAAUGUAUGUCGCACAAGUUGUGUUGGGGAAACAUGCCAUUCGAUUGUUGACUGCGGAGGUCGACGGAAUAUUGUGCCUCGAAUAAGAAAUGUCGGAAACAAUGUACUUCGAAUUCUGACUGCGAUUCGUCGAAGUAUUGUUGUAGUGGACGUUGUAAAGGAGAUUGUGUCGGCGUGA